CAUUGUGGUACCCCCUAGAUGCACCCUAGAAAGAGGUAGUGAGGAAGAGGAAGCUCUGACUCUUGAAGGUAGAGAGAGGCAUAAAUGGCCAGGAAACUCCCUGAUGUCCUUCUAUGUCUCUGUGUCCCCAGGGUGUCAGAGAGGAGCAGGGCUACAUGGAGCGCGUACCACCAGCCAUGACUGUGUCCCCCACACCUGAAUAUUCAGUAUAUGAUUCUGACAAUUCAACGGAAAAUAGUGAAAAUAAGAGUUCAUCUGGAAGCCUUAACUUUGAUGACUGGAUGAAGAUCCUCUUGUUGUUCAUUGCCUCGCUUGGGCUGGUCGGGAAUGGCACCGUUCUGUGGCUUCUGGGCUCCCCCAUCCGGAGGAAUCACUUUGCCAUCUACAUCCUCAACCUGGCGGCAGCUGAUGCCCUUUUCCUUUGUAGCUUCUUUCUGAUCAGUAUAGAUGACUAUGUUAAAUAUGUUUUUGAUGAUUUAACAUGGACAAUACUGUCAUUCCUCAGAUACAUCUCCUACACUGCGGGCCUGAACCUCCUGGCGGCGAUCAGCACCGAGCGCUGUCUCUCCGCGCUCUUCCCCCUCUGGUACCGAAGUCACAGCCCCAAGCACAUGUCUGUUGUGGCGUGUGUUGUCCUUUGGGCUCUGGCCGGGAUGCUCUGGCUAGUAUCUUUUGUCUUUUGGAAAUAUUUAUCUCCUCAAUGUAGCAACUUCUUCAUCAUCGAGGGUGCAUGGUAUCUCUUCCUCACCUGUGUGAUGUGCGUGUCCAGCCUGACUCUGCUGCUGAGAGUCCAGUGCAGCUCCCGGCGCCGGCGGCCCCCCAGGCUCUACCUCCUGGUCCUGCUUAUGGUCCUCGUGUUCCUGCUCUGUGGCCUGCCUUGGGGCAUCUGGGAUUUCGUGAAUUUUAACCUCAAUAUAAAUCUCAUGCCUUCUUGGCUUUUUGACCCCCUGGCUUGUGUGAACAGCAGUGUGAACCCACUCAUUUACUUUUUUGUAGGCAGACUAGGGAAUAAAAGGAGGGAGACUCUCAGGGUGAUGCUCCAGAGGGUCCUUGGGGAUGAGUAGGAGUUAGGAGGCAGAACAACAAACACCCCCCAACACUUGCAGACAGGAGAAUACAUUCUGAGCCUAAGAAGAUGUUCAGACACAGCAGCCCUUGAAGUGAGCCCCCUGCCCCAAGCCCAGUAGCAGCUCCCCCCUCCCUGGGAGGAAAAUUAGGAUUCCCCUGACAUUAUUUAUGUGGAUGCCUAAGAUGUGAACUCUAGGUGAUGAACAUUUAUUAGCUGCCUAUUGUAUACUAGGCAUCUGUAUAUGCAAAAAGGACAGAAUUCCAAGGCCUAGAAUGGGAACAACUCAGGUCACAUCUAGUCAACUCAACUCUGUCUCAAUUUCCUUAUCUGUAAAAUGAACUAUUAAAAGAAAUGACAAUGCUCUCCAGUAUCUGUGCCCAGAAAAUCCCAGAUAGGGUCAUAUGACUGAACAACAAGACUAUACCAGGAACUGUACUAAGCCCU